AUGUCAGACACUCUGGCCCAGGUUCCUGAGACUACAACCCCCGUCCAGACUCCCUCGGCCGACGUUUUUGAGAAAGGCGACGUGAUGUCGCCGCACACUGACCUACCAGAGGCUGACGCUCCGGAGAAGCCUCUCUCGCCACCCAACCCAUCCCCCUCACCCGAGAAGCACAAGCUCGAUGCCGAGGAUGACGACGAGGCAUCCAAGAAGCAGAAGACCGAAGAGGUCCCCCCUGCCUUGGCCAACAGCGCGGAUACCUCGUCCAUGACUCCAGCCCCAAAGCCACCGACAGAACCAGACAUGGAUAAUCUCCCGGCUGAUCCAAUGCCCAAGCAUCAAACUAAGUUUGUGCUCAACACUAUCAAAGCAAUCAAGAGAUUGCGUGAUGCUGGGCCCUUUCUACACCCUGUGGAUGUGGUGAAGUUGAACGUCCCAUUCUACUACAAUUUCAUCACCAGACCAAUGGAUCUUUCGACUAUUGAAAGAAAAAUCAACUUGAAUGCCUACGAGGAUCCCCUGGUGGUUGUGGAGGAUUUCAAUCUCAUGGUUGAGAAUUGCUUGAAGUUCAACGGUGAGUCCUCAGGAAUCUCUCGCAUGGCUAAGAACAUCCAGGCACAAUUCGAGAAGCAUAUGCUUAAUAUUCCUCCAAAGGUCUUACCUAAUAACGGCUCGGCCGCCGUGGUGUCGCCAGCUAAUUCGAGAAGAAGAACUGUUCUUGCUGAUGAUAUCAAGAAGGAGUCUGUUGCUGCCCAUAGACCAAAGCGUACUAUCCACCCACCCAGAUCCAAGGAAUUGCCUUACGAUGUGAGACCUAGGAAGAAGAAGUACGCAGCUGAGUUGAGAUUCUGCAACCAGUUAGCCAAGGAUUUGACUUCCAAGAAGUUAUACAACAUUAACUUCCCCUUUUUGCAACCCGUGGAUCCCGUUGCUCUCAAUAUUCCCAACUACCAUGAGAUUAUCAAGGAGCCAAUGGAUUUUGGCACCAUUCAAGGUAAGCUUGCAAACAACCAGUACGAGAAUGGCGAUGAGUUUGAAAGGGAUGUCAGAUUGAUCUUCAAGAACUGUUACCUUUUCAAUCCUGAGGGAAAUGAUGUGCAUGCAAUGGGUAAGAAGCUCGAGCUGAUCUUUGACAAGAAAUGGGCCAACAAGCCAGUCCCGGCAGCUACUCCAACUCAUUCUGAUAAUGAAUACUCGAGUGAUUACGAUGAUGAUGAUGAACCGGAAAUCAACGAGUCAAUGUUGUCCAACAUCCCGGCUAUCCAAUUUUUGGAGAACCAAUUGGUGAGAAUGAAGAAAGAGCUUGAUGAAUUGAAGAAGCAGCAUUUGGAGAAGUUGAGACAACAGCGCGAUGCUAAGAGAAAGAAGAAGAAGUCCAAAAAGUCUAAGAGAGCUAGAUCCAACUCUGUGAGUGAAGUGGGUGUCGAGCCUCAGCCAGUGGUCACUUAUGAGAUGAAGAAGCAAGUGAGUGAAAUCGUUCCAACUUUGAACGACAAGAAGUUACAAGCUUUGAUCAAGAUCAUCAAAGAUGAUAUUGUUAUCAGCGAUGAAGAGGAGGUGGAGUUGGAUAUGGAUCAAUUAGAGGACCGUACAGUUUUGAAGCUCUACAACUUUCUCUUUGGCAAAAAGGCUGCUUCAAACGCAAUGAAGAAGAUCAAGAAGUCUACAUACUCGUCUGGUAACAUCGACCAAUUGGAGCAGUUGAAAUCACAACUUCAGCUCUUUGAUGAUGCCGAAAGAUCAAACGGACAAACUACGUCUCACUUUGAUCUCAAUGCCAUCCCUGCCCAGGAGUCUUCGGAUGACGACCUCUCUUCCGAGUCUUCUGAAGAGGAGUAG